ACAAACAGUUUAUAUAUAAAUACUUUUGACCUCGUACUUAAAAUUGAGAGUCACACAAUAAGAUACUUUUAUUAAAGCUGGCUUAUUUUUUUUCUGAGAAUUUUAUCGGCAUUCCUUAAUUUCAUUACGCACAGAUAAUAAAUAAAAAUAUUUGCUUCCAUAAUAUUUUCCUUUUGGCCAUUAUUCGCAAGCGAAUCGUAAGCUAUUCAUUCAGAUAAUGUCUAUAGAUUAGUGAAAUAUGUCCUUAAUUUAUUUCCCAGAUCGGGGAGAUGGACGCUGGAAGAAAAAGGAUAGAGAAACUCUACAAGAUGACAUUGCAUUGUUCAGAGAGAUGGCAGAUAAAAUUCAGCACGAAAUGGAAGAGUUUUAUGAUGAAUAUCCAGAUGAGAAACUCACGAAAAAUGAUAUUGAUAAAAUAUAUGGUAGAUAUUUACGGAUGGGUAGGUUAGAAAUAACUAAACACCAUUUAAGAAUUAAAGAAAUGAUUAAGAAUGAUACAAUAAAAACUGCUUGGAAUAAUCCGGCUCACGAAACAGAAUUACGAAAUGAUUCGAGAACUUUACCGAUAAAUGAUAAAGCUGUAGAUAGUAAGAACAAAUAUUAUUUUAAGUAUAAUAGCUGGCCUAAAUUUGAAGAUAUAUUACUAGAAAUGGGGAAAAAGUACGAUUGGAAAAACGAUAGAUGGAUCAAAGUUAAAAGAAAAUUGGAUAAUGUUAACGUCGAAAGAAUGAAUGACAAUAGUAUAGACGUUCACGUUAAACACAAAUUCUUUUAUAGAAUCGUCAAAUUAAAGAAGAGUAAGAACCAAAGGAAUGUUGUCGUCGCCGUUUCUGCUGUGAGAUAGGGAGCGCAGGAAAAUCAAUUAGAGGAAAAUUCUAAAUUAUGAAUCUAUUUUCGGUAGACUCAGGGACCAAUAAUGAUUAGGCCAUUGGUAAAAGCAAUUGCGCACGCUACCGUAGAUAUUGUUAUUUCAUUUUCGAUUGGGUAAUAAAUACAUAUUUUAAUAAGACCCAGUUUCGUGACUUUCUAGUUUAAGUUAACUGAUAUUUACUUUGAUCAUAUAUGGGAAAUUCAUUAGCUAGAUGACAGUUCGGUAGCUUCAUUGCUUGUACAUAUUUACAUUAAUGAUUAGUUGACAUCGUGAAACCGUUGCUCCAUUAAUCACUAAAGAAAUUGGUUUGUUUGUUUACAAUAAAAUAAAAUAAAUGAAAAUAUGUAAAAUAAAUGAAGCCAUGUUGUUGUAGUGUUUCAUUUUAAAUGUUACUAAUACAAAUUAAAUGCAGUUGUAAAAAUGCUCAAUAAAUUCUGGAAAUAUAAUUGAUCAUAUUAAUAAAUGAGUUUUAUUUAUAUUUAAAAUGAUACUUACAAAAUAAUUGAAACAAAAAUUGAAGUCGAACGCUGAUAGGUAGUUCACCCCUUACUAAAAAACGAUUUGGAUGGGAGUCAAUACCCUUAAUUAUUGUGCCGGUUAAGUAGUGUAACGCAGAAGUCG